AUGGAGCUUGAUAAUUUUUCUCAAGAAACAACUCUUUCACAAGAUUCUGCUACUAUUAGCAGUACAAGCUCCACUUAUUCAGCUAGUACAAAAAAAAAACCGAAAUCCAAGACUUCAAAAGUUUCUCCAUAUUUUAUUCAAAGUACAACCAAUAACAAUAGAGUUAUGUGUAUUUUAUGUGAUCAUAAUCAAAGAAAAACUUAUAGCAAAACAACAUCAACUGGUAUUCUAUGCAAACAUCUUAACUCGCAACAUCCUGGUUGGAAUACAAAUAAUGAAUUGUCUAAUCAAUAUAUAACAAUUUCAAUGCAAGAAUUAACGUUAACUCAAAAAACCCAAUUCAAUAUGUUAAUUACAGAGUGGAUUGUUUCUGAUACUUUACCUUUCUCAGUUAUUACAAGCAAGUUAUUGUCUACCGUAUUUCAAUACCUUAAUGGAACUAUCAGCUUACCAUCACGUGAAACUAUAAAAUCAAAUGUACAUAAUGCUUUUGAUAGAAUGCAAAAAGAUGUUCAAAUUCUUUUAGAGCAAAUUUCAAGCAAAAUUUCAAUCACUCUUGAUAUUUGGACUUCACAGGCUAAUAUAUCAUUUUUAUGUGUUACGGCACAUUGGAUUGAUGACAACUGGAAACUUAAUAAAAUAUUGUUAGAUAUUAGUGUACUUUCACAUCCGCAUACUGGAAAAGAUAUCAAUAUUUGUUUGCGCAAAGUAUUUACAACGUUUAAUAUUAUGACAAAAAUAUUUGGCAUUACUUUUGAUAAUGGCUCAAAUAUAAUUUCAGCAAUACAAUUAUUGGAUGAAUAUUUAUCUGGACAAAGUAUUGAUAUUCAACCAUUUCAGUGUUUGGCUCAUAUUCUAAAUCUUAUUAUUACUACUGGAUUAUCACCAAUUAAAAAUUCAAUUGAAAAAGUAUGUAAUUUUGUUAGAACUAUUGGAUCAUCAGCAUUACUUACUCAAGAUUUUCAAGAACUAGGACAAACUAUUGGUAAAAAUGAACCAGUUCGUAAAAUUCCACAAGAUAUUUCAAUACGAUGGAAUAGUACAUAUUUAAUGCUUUCAGUUUAUAUAACUAUGCCAACAACAAUUGCAGCUAUUAUACGACAACACUCAAAUCUUUCUAAAUAUCAACUUACAGUACAAGAAAAUGCUAAUCUUCAAGUAAUAACACAAUUUUUACGACCAUUUUAUGAAACUACAAAUACUCUUUCUGGAAGCAAGUAUGCAAUAUUAAGUCUUUCAAUUUUAUUGAUAAAUGAUAUUAUGGAAAUUAUCUUGACACAAAUUAAUGAUCCAACAACACCAACUUUUCUUAAAAAUACAGCAAUUCAAAUGUCUAAAAAAGCUCAAAAAUAUAUGAAUCAAAUUUAUAGUGAAAUUUCUUUUAUAGCUUCAGUACUCGAUCCUAGAAUUAAAUUAGAAUUAAUAUCUAAUGACAUUAAUACUACAGAGAAUCAAAAGCUUUUUAAUGAUAUUCUUGAAAUCAAAUAUUCAACAACAUCAUAUCAAACCAAUAUGAAUAUGCAGACACAAACAAACUUAAUUUAUGUUGAACAAGUUGCACAAAAAUGA